GGUAACUUCUGCGCUCCACGCAUGCGCACUUUUGGCGUCAAAGAUGACUGAAGUUGUCUGGCAGCUUCUGGAGAUUGUGAGCAUUGGGGAGGAAUUGGACUGCCGGUAGACUUGGAGAAGUUCUACAAGUCCUCAUUUUAAGCCUCGUGCGUUAAAUGAGGCGCAGAAGGAUAUUACAAAGGUCCAGUAUUUGCAGUGUGAUGAACAGGCCCGCGUCUGACUCAAUGAGGUAAACGGCCGCUAGUUGCUGCAGAAACGGGUAUUAAAUGGGGAAGCCCUGACCUCACUUCAAGAUCUGAGUGGAUCACAACUCAUCAGGACCUGAACGAUCUUGGUCUUUGAAUGUGGAUGGAGAAAUGUUAAUAGUUUUGUCUGUCAGAAAAGAAUUCAAAACAUCAGUUUGACUGGGUAAGCACUGAGACAUACAUACCAGACUGUGGGUGUGCUGAGUGUGAAAGAAAGUUGAACUGUUUCCACCAGGAGGAAACCAUCUUGUGCUCUGUGUGGUCGAGCUUCAGCUGAUCACCCAGUCUGGAGAGGGACAUGGACACCUGCAUCAUGGACAAUCUGUGGAAAUGUGGAGAUUGUGGCAAGGGAUUCAGUUACCCAUCCCAGCUGGAUAUUCACUUGCGCAGUCACACUGGGGAGAGGCCAUUCACCUGCUCUGAGUGUGGAAAGGGAUUCACUCACUUAUCCCAACUUGACGACCACCAACUUAUUCAUACUAAUACAGUUCCUUUCAGGUGUCCUGCCUGUAAGAAGAGCUUUAAAAGCAGAAAUCAUUUGCUGAAGCACCAGUAUACUCACACUAGAGAGAGGCCAUUCAUGUGCUCUGUCUGUGGGGACAGAUUCACUAAAUCGUCUCAUCUUCUGACACACCAACACACUCACACUGGAGAGAAGCCGUUUACCUGCUCCUUCUGUGGUAAGGGAUUCACUCUUUCAUUCCACCUUCUGAGGCACCAGUAUACUCACGCUGGGGAGAGGCCGUUCACCUGCUUCCUGUGUGAGAAGGGAUUUGCUCACUCAUCUGCUCUCCAAGAACACCAGUUAACGCAUGAUGAGGAGAGUCUGUUUAUUUGUCCUGACUGUGGGAAAAGCUUUAGAAGCUCCGAGACACUGAUUAGACACCAGCUUGUGCAUGCUGAUGAGGGACCACUCAGCUGCUCUUACCCUGGGAAGACGUUCAGACAGUCAUUCAAGGUGAUUUCUCACCAACACACUCAGGCUAUGGAGAGGACAUUCACCUGUUCUGUACCUGGGGAAGAAGUCACUCAGUUUCCCCACCUUGUGAGACCACAGUGCACUCCUACUGGGAAGAGGCAACACAUGGUCACCGUGUGUGAGAAGAAAGAUGCUCAGUCAUCCCAUCCAUUGACAUACCAGCACACUCUCAGUGGGGAGAGUCCAUUCACCAGCUCCUUGCCUGAGAAGGAAAUGGCCCAAUCUUCUCACCUGCAUGCUCACAGAGAGGAGAGGCCAUUUAUCUGCUCUGUAUGUGGGAAGGGAUUCACUCAGAGAUCCAACCUGCUGAAACACCACCAGGUUCACUCUGAAUACAGACCUUACAAAUGUUCUGACUGCGGGAAGAGCUUUAAAAGCAAACAAGAAGUACUGAAACACCGACGCAUCCACACGGGGGAGAGGCCUUUCACCUGCUCUGUGUGUGGGAAGGGAUUCCCAUGGUCAUCCCAACUCCUGACACACCAGCGAGUUCAUACAGGGGAAAGGCCUUUCACCUGCUCUGUGUGUGGAAAAGGAUUCACCCAGUCAUCAAACCUAAUGAAACAUCAGCGCGUUCACACUGGUGAGAGACCAUUUGUUUGUCCUGUGUGUGGGAAGGGAUUCAUUCAGUCGCAACAUCUGCUGAAGCACCAGCGAGUUCAUGAGAGACUGGAAGGGCUGGAUUCUGCCAGUAGUACUACUGUGGAACAUUUGAGGGCUAACACUGUGGGCUAAUGUUGAGAUGUGCAAGAAGUGUCUUAUAGCCACACUCUGCCAUGGUCAGAGUCAGGAUGAACAAUGGGGAGUGCUGAAAAGAUGCUGCCACAUGGGAGGUUGGUUUAAGGCAUUGAUCUGUGCUGUAUGUUGAUGUUUCAUCUAAAAAGAACUCUUGUAACUAUUAUGUGAAGAUGUGAUAGGAUUGAGUGACAGUCCUGAGUCUCCCAUAUGAAAAAAGAAACAGAAAUGAUAAUCUGCAUUUACUUUAGGAAAUAGCUCUUUGUAUCCGCAUAGAUAGACAAUAUAUGGAAGUGUGGAUUAAAAACUGGAAAAGAUAGUAUUAGAUGUAAAGAAGGUGUAGACAGCAAACAAAUAUGUUAUUUUAGCCUAACAGGAAUCUUGUGUACAGUUAUGCAGACAUACAUUUCAGGAAGACUGAGAAUGAAUCGGAGCAGAUACUACAAUGCUUCGACUGAUAGAUUACAGUAAUGUGGAUGAACUGAAAAAGCUGUGUUCUGCCUCCUUUGGGCAAAUACGACCAAUAGGAGAUUAGUUGUCCUGAUCUGAAUAAAGUCUUACUGAUUCUUACUUCAC